GUGAGUUUGCGAAAACUCAGAGAGUUAGAUUGACGUGGUUUCCAUGGUGAACUAGUUGAGCAACUCCUGAGAAAACUCGAAACCAUCUGUUCGAUAAGUUUCGUCCAAUCAGAGGGCACGGUUGAAGUUUAAUCUUAAUUUAAUAAUGACAACGUCACGCUAGUAAAGAGAGUUUGUCUGCUCGAAGAGUGACAGUGCUUUUGACUGCGCGCAACUCGAUGCCAGGCAACUAUAAAGUGUGUGUGCCGUCUUAAGUUCAGACAAAUAGACAAUACAAAGGAGUGUAAGGAUAAACCUGGACCUGUGCAGUGAGCCACAAGACAGAAAUGCUUCCCUCCUUCAGUUUCACUCCAGAGCAGGUCGCCUGCGUGUGUGAAGUCUUACAGCAGAGUGGAGACAUUGAGAGGCUGGGGAGAUUUUUAUGGUCUUUGCCUGAAUGCGAGACUAUUCAAAAAAAUGAAAGCGUUCUCAAGGCAAAAGCCAUCGUAUCUUUUCACCAGCAGAAUUUCCAGGAGCUCUACCGAAUUCUAGAGAACAACAACUUCUCUCCAAACGCGCAUCCCAAACUGCAAUCGCUUUGGCUCAAGGCGCACUAUAUGGAAGCGGAAAAGCUGCGCGGUCGCCCUCUUGGAGCAGUAGGGAAAUACAGAGUCCGGCGCAAGUUCCCUCUACCUCGCACUAUCUGGGACGGCGAAGAGACGAGCUAUUGCUUUAAGGAGAAAUCUAGGAAUAUUCUUCGAGAAUGGUACUCGCAUAAUCCGUACCCUUCCCCGAGAGAGAAACGCGAACUGGCCGAGGGAACGGGUCUAACCACAACUCAAGUUAGUAACUGGUUCAAAAACCGAAGACAGCGCGAUCGCGCGGCAGAGGCAAAAAUAAGGGAGACCACAGUAGACGGGCGCAACCCGAAAGUUCUCACGCUGGAUAAGUCCUCUCUUAUGGUACAAGAUGUCAAGAAAUGUAUGAUGCCUGAUUUUUCACACUGCAUCGCACAGAACAUCCCCGUCAAUGUCAAAAUGGAGGUAGAUGACCCGACGUUAAUGGCGGUGGGACACGGUGACUCGUCAGUAUCGGCCAGUGAGUUGAGCCAGGGCUUACAGGACUCUCAUAUGCUAACAACUCUCACAAACACUCUAGUAGGACUGUAGACUUCUCUCGUUUACUCUCAUCCAGUCGGUUGAAGCGUUCGCUCAUUGCGCGCGGUUUGUCAUCAAACGUGGUCCAUCAGAUGGCACAGGAUAAACGGCCGUAAUCAUUGAAUAUACUUCCACUUCGAGUUCGCAAUUGAAAAUGUCACAAACGUGUAAUAUUGAGCCUAGUUUAAACAUUGUAGUGUAGACAAUGUUGUGUACAAUAAUAGGGGUAUAGUUAGAGACAAAAGAAGUUGUUUUCUUAAGAUGAGACCCCUCAAGCUUCCGUUAUAUUUCCGUGCACUCACUAAGAACGCUACGAACGUGUUUUUACAACACUCCAACUCAUUCUUUAUGAUAUAAUGUCCACAAUUCACGCGAGAAACAAUUAUUGGACCUCAGCAGGGAAGAGUUUUGCUCAUCCACCAAGAGAAUGUUUUACUCGCUCGAGUGUUAGUCGAUUGGAAUAACAUUGUGUAUACCUUAUAUAGUAGGCAUUGUGCCGAGCAUCAGAUAUGCCAAAUUGAUUGUAUAAAUUGUAUGUUAUAUAUCGAGCGCCCAUUGUACCUAUAAAGCGCAUUCACAAUAAAGUAAAGGUACUAUUA